AUGUUGCUGUUUGCAGGAUUUUUUCUCCUCUUUCGUUUUUCUCUCUCUCUCCCUCUCACUAGCUCUCACUCUUUCUCUCCAUCUGUCCAUGAUUCCUCUCCAAUAUUGGCCUUCAAUGAUCAAGUUCGCCAGAGACACCUGUACACAGAUAAUAAACACCACAGCCUGUUUGUUGAGAUUUUAUCCAAUGGCACAGUAUCAGCAACUCAGAGUCAGUCACUUUACACGGUUUUAGAGCUAAAAGCUGUUAAACCGGGUUACACGGCGAUUCGGGGUGUGAUGUCAUCAUUGUACCUGUGUGUGAACGCAGCCGGUCACUUAUUUGCUCUGGGUGUGUUUCUGGAUGUUGACUGUUCCUUCAGUGAGAUGUUACAGCCUGAUGGUUACACUCACUUCCUGUCUGCUCACCACAGACUUCCUGUAUCCCUCAGUUUUAACGGUCCUCCUGGGAAACACACACUCACCUUCUCUCAGUUUCUACCGCUUAGAACCCAUCUGUUUAUGGAGAUACAGGGAUAUGAAGAACCAUCGAGUUUUCUAUCAGCUGCAGAUUUUGAUUCAGAUGAUCCACUAAGACUGACAAACACACAUCAGAACCUGAGAAGUCCGUUGUUCCACAUCGACCAAUAA